CUCGCCGCCCAGUCCACCCACUCCGCGAGCGACCCCGGGGUGACUCCACGAGCGACUCCGGGGUGACUCCGAAGGACCGCGCUCGCUCUGGGGGCCUCCGCCACGGCCGCACGAGCACUCCGCCGACGUGAGGAUGGAGAGGAGGGCACGCAGCUCCUCCAGAGAGGCCCCCAGGCGAGGCGGCGGGCCCACCCACAAGGAGAGCAAGAGGGCGAAGGGCGAGAGGGGCGGCGGCCGCGGGCGGCGGGAUGCCAGAUCCGAGCGGCGGAGCCCCGGGCGGACGGAAAGCCCAGAGGAACCCCGAGCGCCCGCCGCCACCGUGGUGGACGUGGACGAGGUCCGGGGCUCCGGUGAGGAAGGCACCGAGGUGGUGGCGCUGCUGGAGAGCGAGCGGCUGGAGGAAGGUACCAAGUCCUCUGGUUUAGGGGCCUGUGAGUGGCUUCUUGUCCUUGCUUCUCUGUUCUUCAUCAUUCUGACAUUGCCUUUUUCCAUCUGGUUUUGCAUUAAGAUUGUACAAGAGUACGAGAGAGUAAUUAUAUUCCGACUGGGACAUCUGCUUCCUGGAAGACCCAAAGGUCCUGGCCUGUUCUUCUUUUUGCCCUGCCUGGAUACCUACCACAAAGUUGACCUUCGUCUCCAGACCUUGGAGAUACCCUUCCAUGAGGUUGUAACCAAAGACAUGUUUAUAAUGGAGAUAGAUGCCAUCUGCUAUUACCGAAUGGAAAAUGCCUCUCUUCUCCUAAGCAGCCUGGCUCAUGUGUCUAAGGCUGUCCAGUUCCUUGUGCAAACCACCAUGAAGCGUCUUCUGGCACACCGAUCCCUCACUGAAAUUCUUCUAGAGAGGAAGAGCAUUGCUCAAGAUGUAAAGGUUGCCUUGGAUUCAGUGACCUGUAUUUGGGGAAUCAAAGUGGAGAGAAUAGAAAUUAAGGAUGUGCGGCUGCCGGCUGGGCUUCAGCACUCACUGGCUGUGGAGGCAGAAGCGCAAAGACAGGCCAAAGUGCGGAUGAUUGCUGCAGAAGGGGAAAAGGCUGCUUCUGAGUCCCUGAGGAUGGCUGCUGAGAUUCUGUCAGGAACCCCAGCUGCUGUUCAGCUUCGAUACCUCCACACCCUUCAGUCUUUGUCCACAGAGAAACCUUCCACUGUAGUUUUACCUUUGCCUUUUGACCUGCUAAAUUUCCUGUCUUCUCCUAGCAACAGAACUCAAGGGAGCAUCCCCUUCCCAAAUUCUUCCAAACCUGUUGAGCCACUAAAUCCCAAGAAGAAAGACUCUCCCAUGUUAUAGGGGUGGGUGCACAAAGGAUAAUGCAGCUGUGAAGAGGCCUGCCAUUCAAAGCCACAUCCCAGUGAGACAUUCAGUCAUCAGUUCCUUUCUUCCACUGCCACAUGGAAUGCUCUUUGAAUGCACGGCAUUGCAAUGCAGCCACAUAAGUGAGAAGUCAGUACAGGAGGCAUCUAACAGGUUUAGGCGAGUCAUCUAAGCAGAGUAGUUACGGGAAAGAGCUUUGGUCAACAUGAUAAUUUGGAAAUAAGUUUGUCAAUUUUGAUAUUUGAAGAUUUAGAUCAAAUGUCCUUUUUCCUCUGGCCCCUUUGGCAAGGUCUUGCAGCUCCUGCAGCCCUUUCUCUGAGCCCCAUCACCAUGCUUGCUACACUCAGCUGUAACCCUGGACCUAAAGUGUUAGCUUCUCUAUGGCUCUACUACUGGGUCUUCAAAGGGGCAUCUAACAUCCUUCACCCACCACCUUCAGUCUUUUGGCUCCACUCCAUAUUCCUUGAGCCUAAUUCUGAUCGUUGCACCUUAGUGACACCUAAAUGUUUCUGAAUGAAUGCAAAGAAAAGAGAUGCACUCAGAUUGGAUAUAAAUUUAUACACAAUUAAGGAAAUUUUUAAAUUACUUGGAGGUUCUUUCAAAAAUAAAAAUAAGUAAAAGGAUAACAUUUAUCUGAUAUAUAUAUAUUGCUUCAAAUCAGAGGAAGAAUCAUUCUAAAUAGGGGCUGAGAGUAAUGUAUUUUCUGUAUAGAAUUUACCAGAUUGCUUAUUUCUUUAAGCAGAUAUAAUGUAUUAUCUAUACAUGUCCUGAGAACUAUUUCCCUAGGUAAACAUUUCUUAAUAUACAUUCCUAUAAUACAAGUCUUAUUUCCCACUAAUUUGCCUUACACAAUUAGAAAUGCAUAUCUAUAGGAAAAUAAGCCAACAAAACAAAAAGGCAAACUUAAGUGUAUUGCAAGUUUUCUAUAAAUUUAAAAAAUCAGUAGCAUUAUAAAAUGUUACUAAUAUUACUCAAAUAAUAUUAGUACAAUGUUAUCUGUAAUGGGAAUUUCUAUGUUGCUGGUGCAGAUAUGGUGGGAACCCGAGUGCCUCACUAUUUGGUUCUCUUUCAAAAACUGCCUCUAUAUUCAUAUUUCAUUAAAAGGAAAGUCUCCCCAGUUCCUGUUCUUAAGGAUCAUAUGUGGGCACAGAUUCUUCAGAGAAUAGGUGAGCUGACAGUGCUGGCCAAGCAGCUGGUCUUCUCUUGAGACCAGGUGCUGCAUUCUUACUGGUUACUGACCCUGAAAUAAAUGAAAGAAAAGCUGGACAAUCCAAUCCAAAACUGUGACAUGUUCUAGUUAACAGUUUUUCUUUGGGAUUUAUAUUAACAUGGUGCCAGUAAGCUGAUAAAGGGGUCAAAAAAUGAUCCAAUUCAAUGUUGGAAUCCAUUAUGACCAAAGUGACUGGUCAUGAGAGCGGGAAAAGUCUAUGGCAUAUCCUAUGACAAUGGUGUUGCAUGGCAUUUGGGGAUUACAGUGAGGUGUUAACCACUGGUCAGGCUAGAUUUGUUUAUUGUGUGGAUGAGUGGCUUAAGAGCUGGUAAGUUGAAGGCUAUUGGGCUUGAAAUGACCAGAAAAGUGUUUCAAGGAGGCUUUGGAGACCCUUCUUAGAACUUCAAGGGCCACCCUGGUUCACCAGCAGUAUCAGGGUAUAUCAGAGGCUUUGUAGUUGGGACUCCCCUAUCUGGAAGGCCCAUCAGGUCAUUCUGUCAAUGCCUCUGCAUUCCACAUCCUUGGGGGCCAUGUGUGGGCAGCUCUUUGUUAGACUGCUCCUGUUUAUAGUGUUCUUUAGCGGUAGGUAUGUUGGGACUAUGAUUUCCAAGUCCUCUAGAAUUCUGGCUUGUUUGUCAGCACACUAGCUCAGUAGUUAAGCUGAGAAUUAAGCAUAUGUGUGGAAAUCAAGUCUGUUGAAAGAUGGGUUACCAACUGGUCUCUGAGUUCAGAGAGAAGCUGAGAACUUCUCUCACUGUAGCUGAGAUCUUGGACCCUGCUGUCAGAUAUACUAGAUUUGAUUCAGGCUUUGUCACCUAACAAGCUGUUAGGUGAUAUGGGCAUGCUACUUAUCCUGAGUAUAUUUGGGGAUGAAAGCAGAGCCCACUUCAGAAAGCUAUCGUGACUAAAUGAGAUCAAAUAUAUGAAAUACUAGCAUAGCACAAAGCUUACACAAGGCAAAUGCUCAAUAAAUAAUGGCUAUCACUACUAUUCUGGUUUUACCCCAGUAGCAAUAAGUGACAGCAGUCAGGCUGCAUCCACCUAGAAGCCUUCCACUCCACAUGUUGCUUCCAUGCUUUAAAGGUAGGUAGCCCUGAUGGCCAGUACUCCCAGAGUGGUUGUUCUGGGACAGAAAUAGCUUCAGGACUUGCACAUGUGGGCUCCUGUGUUUGAGUCUCUGUAAAUACUGGAUCCCCAACCCAAGAGCUAACCAGAAUUUGUUUCAAAGUGACAGCCAUUUGGGAUCAUAGCAGAGUAAAAGCAGGGCAGAAGAAAUCACAUAAUCUUCUCUUUCUUGCCUGGGCUUUAUCACUGGGAUAGCCAGAGUAGAAAAAUGGGUGAUGUAUUACCAGGAGUACUUUGUCAACUCCAUGAUCUGUUGAAGAUCUGGGCUGUCGGAAGAAAUGAGGACAUCUUAUCUGUCAAAAAGAAGUUUGCAUAGCAAGGUAGAUCAUGGGGAUUGUUUGUCCUGUCUUCACACUUUUGGAGUGUUUCUUAUGUCUGGUCAAGAGAUAUGGGCUGGGGUUGUGGUUCAGUGAUAGAGUACUUGCCUAGCAUGUGCGAGGCACUGGGUUCGAUCCUCAGCACCACAUAUAAAUAAAUGAAGGUCUAUUGACAACUAAAAAAUAUUUUUUUUUUAAAAAAAGAGGUAGCUUAAAGUGUGCCUCUGCCAAAUCAGGUGUUCCUAGAGGGCCCAAACCCUGCAAAUGUAAAAUGUUGAUCUCCAAACAGAAGAUACUGCAUUCUUGCAGGGGCCCUUUCAUUGGUCUUUCAAGAACAAGAGCAAUAUCCAAGCCUAAUGGCCAUGCUUGCAUUGGGACUGCUUAGGGAACUUGCUGAGUAAUCCUAAAUUGGAAAUGACCUUGAGGCUAUGGAGAGUUGGUCAGAAUAGCUCUCCAUUUUUCUGAGAGAAAGAUGCAAGUUCUAAUGAAUUCUAGGCAUUGAUUUCUCCCAAUAUGGCUAUAGAGGUCAUCAUUCUCAGCAAGCAUUUCCGUUUUGCAGGUAUGCAGAUCCUAUGCAUCAGGGCUAUAGCAUUUAUAUUUCUAAUUUUGGAGAAACUCACUUUGCUUCUUCUGUGAAAAUAUUUUGUUAGAUAAGAUACAUAUUUGGGAUCCCAGAAAUAUGCAGAUAAUGCUCUAGAGCUUUUGAGCCUGCAGGCAGAAUUGCUAGCAGUUUUUGAAAGUAAAGUGCAAGAUGCAGGUUUGCCAGGUAAUACCUGAGUCUCUGAUAUCUAGCUAGGAAAGUCCAGUACCUUUGAGUGGGUGUUCUUCAAAAGCUAAAAGCUUGCUCCACAGGGUGGCACUAGUGGGAAGUGGUGGAACCUUUAAGAGGUGGGGGGGGGGCCCAGGGGAAGAUCUUUAGGUCAUGGGAAAUGUGCCCUUGAAAGAGAUUAUGGGACCCUGGUCUCUUCGUGUUCUUUCUCUUCAGUUCCAUGGCUAACAAAGUUAGCAGUUUUGUUCCACCAUGCACUCACAGCAUGUUGUGCCGCCUCAUCAGAAGCUCAAAGAAAUAGGACCACUCAUUCAGGGACUGGAACCUCCAGAAGUGUAAGCCAGAAAUAACUGUUUUCUUUUCAUAAAUUAACUCAGGCAUUUCAUUACCAUGAUAGAAAGCUAAUUAACACAUUUGAGACCAGAGGAAAGUAUAGUAAACAUGAGCUACAAAGUACUAGACAAGUGGCCUGACCAUGGUCAAGUCUAGGAAUAUAGGAAAGAGAGUUGUACUGAAUCUCAAAGGAAAUUGCCAUGAACCACUGAGACACAGAAAUCCUGAGUGACAUGCCCUUGUAAAAUAAGGGAAACAUGCGAGUGCAGGGGAAAUUGGUGUGCAAUUGUCUGGGUCUACCAUGGUUCUACCUCCAGUCUUGCUCCUAAUUUCAGACUCCCUGUAAAUACUAGACCCCCAAUCCAAGGAGAGGCUUCUCACUCUUAAUGACUGCCUGAAUUCUCCCUUGAAUAUGUGUUUACUUCCUAAAUAAACCUCUGUGUUUGACUGACAA